UUUGCAAGUUUAGUGAAGUUGGCUGUCACUGAUUGGCCAUCUGUUUUCGCAAUUUUGGCCAACUAAAUAAAUAAUAACGAUCAAUACGAUUAUAUAAUUGAUUACGUCUAAAUGCUAAACAACACGGGCUUAAAAAACAAUAUAUACGACCAGAGUAACAAUUAUAACAUUUGUCGGCGGUCUGAGAUUUACAUCGGGAGCACGCUCGUCAAAAUCAAAAUCAGACGCCGCGUCGAAUUUUACAAAGACGCAACGCUGCAAAACUUAAUAAGAAUAAAAACAAGAUGAGCAAAGCUGAUCCUAUAUCACUCAGCUUCCAUGACUCCUGUCUGCGCAUGUCCGACGUGCAGCUGCUCCACGGACCACGUUGGUUAAAUGAUCAGAUCUUAAGCUUCUAUUAUGAGUAUUUGUCACACGUUAAGUACAAGAAUAACAGAGAUAUGUACUUCAUUGCGCCAGAAGUGACUCAAUGCAUUAAGUACAUGGACGACUCAGAGCUGGAUAUGCUAUUUGGCGAGCAUGACGCGGUCAACAAAUCAUUUAUUUUCUUUGCGUUAAACGAUAAUGGCAAUACGGAAGCAGGCGGCACCCACUGGUCGCUGCUUGUACUCUCUAGGCCCGAGAAGACGUUCUUCCAUUUUGACUCUUAUGGCAACAACAACACUGAGCCCUCGUUGGAACUCAUUAGCAAAGUGAAGGAUGCGCUAGGUGCACGUCAGGCCAAGAUUCGUCCCAUGCGCUGUUUGCAACAAACCAACGGCUACGACUGUGGAAUUCAUGUCAUUUGCAUGACUGAUCACAUUGCUGACUAUGUGAAUCGCUACGAGAUGAUUGAAGGCUUGCCUAUACUGCAUAUUGAUACGGUCAAAGCCAAGCGAGCGGAUCUACUGAAGCUCAUCAUUUCGUUGGGCGGCAAGAACUAAGACCAGAUAUAAUUUUAUGUAAACGACCAGUCGCCAGUUAAACUUGGCAUGGUUACCAGCCUGAAGCUAACAUUGAACAUUGAUCGCAAGCUGAUCUUCCAGUUGAAUAUGUUAUUGAUUAGUUUUAUUUAUUUAUAAUGUAAAAGAAGCAGAGCUAUAUUUAUUGUAUGUUGAAUACGAAUAAACAAAGGGUUAGUUUUGUUUACCCCAACCGUCAGCAU